AUGAAGCCUGCACCCCAUGAGAAGGCUGCACUCCUUGUGAAAACUGCAGUCCUUGCGAGGGCUGCACUCCUUGCGAAGGGUGCAGACCCUGCGAAAGGUGCACAACUUGCGAAGGCUGUAUUCUGUGCAAAGGCUGCAGUCCCAGCGAAGGCUGUAUUCUGUGCGAAGACUUCACUCCGUGCGAAGGCUGCACUCCAUGCGAAGGCUGGACUCCAUGCGAAGGCUGCUAUCCAUGCGAAGGCUGCACUCCAUGCGCAGGCUGCACUCCAUGCCAAGGCUGCACUCCAUGCGAGGGCUGCAACCCCAUGCGAAGUCUGCACCCCGUUCGAAGGCUGCACUCCCUCUGGACUCCAAGCGAAUGCUUCUCUGCAUGCAAAAGCUGCACUCCAUGCCAAGGCUGCACUCCAUGUGAAGGCUGCAUUCCAUGUCAAGGCUGCACUCCAUGCCAAGGCUGCACCCCAUGCGAAGGCUGAACUCCAUGUGAUGGCUGCACUCCUUGCAAAGGCUGCACUCAAUGCAAUGACUGAACUCCAUGCUAAGGCUGCACCACAUGCAGGGGCUGCACUCCAUGCUGAGAGCGCACUCCAAGGAAAGGCCACACUCCAAGCGAACGCCUUAAAUCUUAAGAAAGGUGGCACUCCAUGCAAAGGCUUUACUCCAUGUGAAGGCUGCACUCCAUGCGAAGGCUGUACUCCAUGCAGAGGCUGCACUGAUGCCCAGGCUGCACUCCAUGUGAAGGCUGCACUCCUUGCAAAGACUGAAAUCUUUGCGAGGGCGGCACUCCUUGCGAAGGCUGUGCUCCUUGUGAAGGCUGCACUCCUUGCGAAGUCUGCGCUCCUUGCAAAGUCUGCACUCCUUGCAAAGGCUGCGCUCUUUGUGAAGGCUGCACACCUUGCGAAGGCUUCACAAAAUGGGAACGCUGCACUCCAUGCGAAGGCUGCGCCACAUGUGAAGGAUGAACUCCAUGCUGAGGCCACACUCGAACCAAUGGCCACACUCCAAGCGAACGCCGUGAUUCGUGUGAAGGCUGUACCCCAUGUGAAGGCUGCAUUCCCUGUGAAGGCUACACUCCCUGUGAAGGCUGCACUCCGUACGAAAGCUGGACUCCAAGCGAAUGCUUAUCUGCAUGCAAAAGCUGCACUCCAUGCGAAGGCUGCACUCCAUGCGAAGGCUGCACUCCAUGCCAAGGCUGCACUGCAUGUGAGGGCUGCACCCCAUGCGAAGUCUGCACCCCUUUCGAAGGCUGCAUUCCCUGUGAAGGCUACACUCCCUGUGAUGGCUGCACUCCAUGCAAAGGCUGCACUCCAUGUGAAGGCUGCCCACUAUGCAAAGGCUGCACUCCUUGUGAAGGCUGUACUCCAUGCGAAGGCCUCACCCAGUGCGAAGGCUGCACGCUGCUGCACUCCUUGCGAAGGCUGUGCUCCUUGUGAAGGCUGCACUCCAUAUGAAGGUUGCCCUCCUUGCGAAGGUUGCACUCCUUGCGAAGGCUGCACUCCAUGCGAAGGCUGCAAUCCUGCGAUGGUUACAUUCCAAGCGAAGGCUGCAGUCCAUGUGAAGGCUGCACGCCAUGCAAAGGCUGCACACCAUGUGAAGGCUGCACUCCAUCAGAAGGCUGCACUCCAUGAGAAGGCUGCACUUCAUGAGAAGGCUGCACUCCAUGCAAAGGCUUUACUCUAUGUGAAGGCUGCACUCCAUGCAAAUGCUGCACUCCAUGCAGAGGCUGCACUCCAUGCGAAGGCUGCACUCCAUGUGAAGGCCAUGCUCCUUGCGAAGGCUGCACUCCUUGUGAAGGCUGCACUCCUUGUGAAUGCCAUGCUCCUUGCGAAGGCUGCACUCCUUGUGAAGGCUACGCUCCUUGCUGCAUGCCAUGCGAAAGCUGCACACCAUGCAAGGGCUACACACCAACUGAAGCCUGCACCCCAUGAGAAGGCUGCACUCCUUGUGAAAACUGCAGUCGUUGCGAGGGCUGCACUCAUUGCGAAGGGUGCACACCUUGCGAAGGGUGCACAACUAGCGAAGGCUGUAUUCCGUGCAAAGGCUGCACUCCCAGCGAAGGCUGCAUUCCAUGCGAAGACUUCACUCCAUGCGAAGGUUGCACUCCAUGCGAAGGCUGGACUCCAUGCGAAGGCUGCACUCCAUGCGAAGGCUGCACUCCAUGCGGAGGCUGCACUCCAGGCCAAGGCUGCACUCCAUGCGAGGGCUGCACCCCAUGCGAAGUCUUCUCCCCAUUCGAAGGCUACAUUCCCUGUGAAGGCUGAACUCAGAGCGAAGGCUGCACUCGACGUGAAGGCUGCACUCGACGUGAAGGCUGCACCCAAUGUGAAGGCUGCACUCCAUACGAAAGCUGGACUCCAAGCGAAUGCUUCUCUGCAUGCAAAAGCUGCACUCCAUGCCAAGGCUGCACUCCAUGUGAAGGCUGCAUUCCAUGCCAAGGCUGCACUCCAUGCCAAGGAUGCACUCCAUGCAAAGGCUGCACUCCAUGCGAUGGCUGCACUCCUUGCAAAGGCUGCACUCAAUGCAAUGACUGAACUCCAUGCGAAGGCUGCACCGCAUGCAGGGGCUGCACUCCAUGCUGAGAGCGCACUCCAAGCAAAGGCAGCACUCCAAGUGAACGCCUUAAAUCUUAAGAAAGUUGCACUGAAUGUGAAAGCCGCAGUCCAUGUGAAGGCGGCUCUCCAUGUGAAUGCUGGAACCCUUGCGAAAGCUACACACCUAGGCUGCACUGAUGCCCAGGCUGCACUCCAUGUGAAGGCUGCACUCCUUGCAAAGACUGAAAUCUUUGCGAGGGCGGCACUCCUUGCGAAGGCUGUGCUCCUUGUGAAGACUGCACUCCUUGCGAAGUCUGCGCUCCUUGCAAAGUCUGCACUCCUUGCAAAGGCUGCGCUCUUUGUGAAGGCUGCACACCUUGCGAAGGCUUCACAAAAUGGGAACGCUGCACUCCAUGCGAAGGCUGCGCCACAUGUGAAGGAUGAACUCCAUGCUGAGGCCACACUCGAACCAAUGGCCACACUCCAAGCGAACGCCAUGAUUCGUGUGAAGGCUGCACUCCACGUGAAGGCUGCACACUAUGCAAAGGCUGCACUCCUUGUGAAGGCUGUACUCCAUGCGAAGGCCUCACGCAGUGCGAAGGCUGCACUCUGUAAGAAGGCAGCACUCUGUGCGAUGGCUGCCUCCCAUGUGAAGGUUUCACUCCAUGCGAAGGCCGCACUCCAUGCGAAGACUGCACUCCAUGUGAAGGCUGCAAUCCUUUCGAGGGCUUCACUCAAUGCGAAGGCUGCACUCCAUGUGAAGGCUGCCCUCCAAGCGAAUUCUUCACUCCAUGCAAAAGCUGCACUGCAUGCAAAGGCUGCACUCCACGCAAAUGCUGCACUCCGAGUGAAUGCUGCACUCUUAGCAAAGGCUGCACUCCAUGCAAAAGCUGCACUGCAUGCGAAGGCUGCAUUCCAUGCAAAUGCUGCACUACUUGCAAUGGCUGAACUCUUUGCGGAGGCUGCACUCCUUGCGAAGGCUGUGCUCCUUGCAAAUGCUGCUUUCCUUAUGAAGGCUGUGCUCCUUGCGAAGGCUGCACACCUUGCGAAGGCUGCACGCCUUGCAAGGGCUGCACUACUUGCGAAGGCUGCACACCUUGCUAAGGCUGCACUCUUUGCGAACGCUGCAGUCUUUGCGAAGGCUGCACUCCUUGUGAAGGCUUUACAACAUGCAAAUGCUGCACUCCAUGCGAAGGCUACACCCCAUGCAAAGGAUGAACUCCAUGCUGAUGAAACACUUGAAGUGAAGUCCGCACUCCAAGCAAGCGGCACGAUUCUUGUGAAGGCUGCACCCCAUUUGAAGGCUGCUUUCCCUGUGAAGGCUACACUCCCUGUGAUGGUUGCACUCCAUGCGAAGGCUGUACUUCAUGCAAAGACUGCACAGAUUGCGAAGGCUGCACUCCUUGCGAAGGCUGCACUCCUUGUGAAGGCUGCACUCCUUGGGAAGGCUGCACUCUUUGCAAAGGCUGCACUGCUUGCAAAGGCGCCUUCCGUGCGAAGGCUGCACUCCUUGCAAAGGCUGUAUUCCGUGCGAAGGCUGCACCCCAUGCUAAGGCUGCACUCCUUGCAAAGGCUUUAUUUCGUGUGA